ACUAGUUCAAUUAGAUUUAGCGCCAUAGAAACAAUUUGUUUUCAUUAUUGUUGCUACGGGUCCGAUUGGUAAUUUUUUUUAGAUUUUAAUCAAAAUAACUUGGUCGAAUUCUGUGAUAAAUAUUAAAUACUUAACGUAUUGCGUUGUGUUUCGUUAAUGAGUUCCAAUUGAGUUUUGUCUUGCCUGUAAUUCAUUUGUUAUACAUUUUAAGUAGCAGCCGUGAACAGCGGUUUACGGUUCUACGUAAUAGUUUGGAAGCGGUAUAAAAUGUUGAAAAUUAAACUUGAAAAUGAUGAAACAGAACAACACUCCUUUGAUGUCAUUGCACCCAAACCGUUAAAUGUGCAGUUCAAAAACAAUGAAAUUUCUACAACAGAGGAGUAUUUGAUAAAGAAUAAGGUCGACAAUACUUAUGACUGCAAUAACGACAAUUUGAAUGUCAAAUUUGAAAAAGAAUGCUUCAAUGAUUGUGUUUUCGAAUCAGAUAUUGAAAUCGUAAGGCAUGAACUGUUUGAUGCUGAAAAAGAGCUAACACCGUUGUAUGACUGCAAUUACUGCCAAAAAUCGUUUAAGACAAAACGACGAAUUAAAAACCAUAUUUUAAGUAUUCAUUAUCCUUGUAACGAGAUCGACACUUCAAAUUUUACAAACUAUUUGGAUUACUAUACUCGAAACAAAGAUGUCCUAUUUAAUUGUGGUAUUUGUUUAAAAAGUUUUACAUCAAAAUUAUCCCUGAGAAGACAUUGGCGGAUUCAUACUGACGAAAAGCCCUUUAAGUGCGAUGUCUGUGCAAAGACAUUCUGUCAACAAUCUACCCUCAAAACUCAUGCACGUAUACAUACCGGAGAGAAACCUUUUAGAUGCAAUUUCUGUGAAAAAUGUUUUAAUACACAAUCUUACCUCAAAACUCAUAAAAGGAUGCAUACCGGAGAGAAACCUUUUAAAUGCAAUGUGUGUGAAAGAAAAUUCAGUCAACAGUCUUCUCUCAAGACUCAUGAGAGAACACAUACCGGAGAAACACUUUUUAGAUGCGAUGUCUGUGAAAAAAAAUUCAGUCAAAAAUCUAAUCUCAAAAAACAUGAAAGGAUACAUACCGGAGAGAAACCUUACAAAUGCGAUGUCUGUGCAAAGACAUUCUGUCAACAAUCUACCCUCAAAACUCAUGAACGCAUACAUAUUGGUGGGGUACGUUAUGAAUGCUCCGUCUGUAAAAAAACGUAUGGUCACCAAAAUACUCUAAAAAGACAUCAAGCAAAAGCACACGACUAAAACUUGAAAAUGAUG